AUGUCUUCUAGAGAUAUUCUCAUCGAGCAGCUCGGGAACGAAAACUCCUACAGAGUGCUCGUGACAAAAUACUGCAACCAUAUUCGAGACAAUGACGACUUGACUCCGUUCUUUGGAGACAUUGACACAGAAAGUUUGGUCAAACUGGAAGAAGAGUUCCUCAAGGCAGCCUUUACAACGGCUGAUGGUGGGUCCGGCCGUAUGCACCGCCGUGUGAGCAGGCUUCAUCGCAAGCUCUUUGAUCUUGGAUUGGACGAAACCCACUUCGACGUGCUCAAAGAACAUUUCUUGGAUGCACUCAAUGACUUUUGCUUGGAAGAUGACGCCUACGAGGCCUGUAGCAAAGAUCUCGACUCGAUGCGAUACAUAUUUGAAGAAAAUGCCAGAAAGAAUGCAAAACGAAGGGGUCGACGGUCAUCCUUGGGGCAUCGGGUAGAGCCGAGUAGUGCCCCAGUCGACGAGACGACGAUUGCAGGAAUAAUCCCACCAAGAAGUAACUCUUUGCCUCCAAAAAGAAACUCGGAGGACAAUAAUAGCACCAGAGGUGUCAAGAGAGGAAUGCUUGCCGUGACAAAGUCUGGGGACAAACUCAAGGCUAUGUUUCAAGCAGGAAUAAAACAAAAAUUAAAUCAAUAA